AUGACCUUAAGUUACGACGAGGUUCUUGAGAGAGUCUAUGGAACAGGUCUGUAUCAAAUUGUUCUCGCGAUCUGCUGUUCAAUGUGUUCCAUGAUGUUGUCCUACGAGUAUCAGUCAAUGAUCUUCCUGCAUUAUACACCUUCCUUCAGUUGUUCAGAUUCGCGAAUGCAAAACUUUUCCAGUCUGAGAUGGAUUUCUUCCUCGACCUUCGCUGCGCUCUCGACCGACCCUUCCGGUAUGGAGAAGAUGUCCGCAAACUACACUGUUGAAGAACAAUGCCAGGCCGUGGGACAACGUAAUGGCACCAGCCAUAUGGAAUUAUUUUCCUGCUCGAAGUGGCACUUUGCUCAGUCAGUGAUGCGUCGAACAUUGCCGACAGACUUCACUCUGAUUUGCGGCCGUAAACACCUGAUCCAGUGGCUAGCUAGUAGCAUGUUUUUCUUUGUCGCUGUGGGACAAGCUAUCGCUCUGUUUACAGACAGAAUCAGUCGCCGGAAGAUGCUACUCCUCUACGUGGUUGUUGAGAUUAUAAUUACCAGCACAACCCAAUUCGGUACCUACUUUGAAGUUAUUUUUAUUCUGCGACUGUUGCGUAUGCUAACCAUGCCCCUGAACUAUGCGGCUACUUGCAUUAUGCAGGAGCUCUUACCCACACGAAAACGGGGCCUCUUUGGCACUCUUUACUGGAUGCCCUACGCGCUUGGGAGAAUUGCACGCUGGAACCGAGUGAAGCUGACAGAAGAUUUCGUAGAGGAAGCGGUUUCGUCAAUUAUCGGCUCCGAAACUCACAACAAAUGCCCCAGCGAUGGAACGGCCUUAACAAAUGCUGGCAAAAGAAAGGAAAAGGGCUGUUUCGCAGUCACAGAUGGCCUGAUUGCAAUUUUCCGUAUGCCAAACAUGCGCAAAAAAGCUGUCGUUUUGUGCAUCUACAUGUCGGCCAUUUUUCUUUCAUUCUAUGGUUUAUCCACGAGCCAAAACUUUGCAAGCACAAACAUUUUCUUGAAUGUAGUUUGUAUGGGCCUAGGUGAGUUGCCUGCGCCAUUUGUUGGUUGGGCAGUGGCCCACUUCUUUUGUCGGCGGCUGUCGGUGGCCAUUCUCGCGGCGGUCACAGCCUCCUGUGUUGUAAUUGGCCCGGCGGUGCGGCCACUGUCGGAAAUUUCUUGCAUCGUGAUUGUCUUUGUUGGGAAGGUGACAGCUUCCUCUACAGUUAGCUUGACGAUACUGCUUGUGACAGAAAUACACCCCACAACAAUACGUAACAUGGGACUCUUCUUAACCAUGUCAAUCAGCUCUGUUGCUACCUGCCUUGCUCCUGUCAUCAACUCCCUGGAUGCCAUCCAUUACCUCCUCCCUGGAGUCAUUUAUGGAAGUGCCAUACUUUUUUGUGCGUUUUUGACAUUACUCUUCAUACCGGAAACAAAACGUUGUCCACUUGCUCAGCGUCUGCAUCAGGCAGAGAAAUUGGUUCGCGGAAAGGUGGACGAAUGGAUUAAAUUUAUGCAAACAGAAUAA